AUGAGUCCCAAGCUUGCAAUAGUCACCGGUGCUAAUAAAGGCAUAGGCUUUGCUAUCGUUCGCGGUCUCUGCAAGCGUUUCGACGGAGUCGUUUACUUGACAUCGCGCGAUGAAGAACGCGGCAAAACGGCGGUGUUGGAACUCAACAAAGAAGGCCUUAACCCGAAAUACCACCAAUUGGACAUAACAGACACUAAAAGCCUGGAAGUAUUCCAUGAUUACAUCAAAGAGAAAUAUGGUGGAAUCGAUGUUCUGGUGAACAAUGCUGCUAUUGCAUUCAAGACAAGUUCGCCUGAACCCGUGGCAGUUCAAGCGGUGGAAACUUUAAGAGUUAAUUACUUCGCCGUCCUGGCAACUUGCGAAAUUCUGUUCCCGCUACUCAGGAACGGUGCUAGGGUCGUCAAUAUCUCUAGUUCCAGCGGCCAUUUGAGCCAAAUACCUAGCGAGAGUUUAAGAAACCGAUUCAAGGAUCCCGAGCUGACGAUUCCCGAGCUAUCUGAUCUCAUGAACAAGUUCAUUGAGGAAGCCAAACAGGGGACACAGAGUGCCGAGUGGGGUAAUUCCUCAUAUAGUGUAUCCAAAGUUGGAUUGACGGCACUAACCAUGAUUCAGCAACGAUUCUUGAGUGAUAGGGAAAUCAAAGUGAACGCGGUUCAUCCAGGAUAUGUCGAUACGGACAUGUCGUCCCACAAGGGCCCGUUGUCCAUAGACGAGGGUGCAGCGGCACCGCUUUUCCUCGCGUUGGACGCCCCUGAUUCGGUCCGAGGCCAGUAUGUAUGGUACGACAAACGGAUCGUCAGCUGGGUUGGACAAAAGCCUAAGGAACAG